GAACACUCGUAUGUUUAUGGUGCCUGGCCUUUACCAAUCGUAAGCGCAUAGGAACAAGCUUCGAUCGAGGAAGAUGGGCGCAUCCCUCAUGAAACUAACUCCUGCGGGAAGAAACGAGGAGAAAAAGAGAUUGAUCCAGGAGUACUACAACGAGCAUUGUAAGGACAUAGAUAUUAACAAGCCUAACGAGUUCUAUCAAGCAGUAUGCAAAACUGUCGAAAAAAUCAACCGUGAAUUCGGUUACACACAAAUCCGUAUACCAGAUACUGAUGAAAUGGAAAGGCUAUUUAAUGCACAUGUGGAGUCUAGCGGAACACUGAGUCCUGAUAGUUUCCGUGAGAUCCUCCGAUCUCUGGUUUUCAAGGCUGGAUUUACGAACGCUGGGGCCUUGGAUUCUUUCUUCUACAUCUUAAUUGCUCCAGGAACAGCGCUGCUUAUAAAGAAUGCAGUAAAUCCAAAAGCAAUUUCUAACCAAGUUUUAGUGCCUGGAGUCACUUCUGCAACUGUCUUGCUUCUUGCCUUACUCAAAAAGAUAUGAUCACUACUCUGUUUACUCAUGACUGGAUUGCUUUACCGUUGUAUUUCUUAAUACUAAGUAUGCUGAUGCUUGUUGUAGAUCACUUUGGAAUUUGGAUGCUAUGAAUAUCUAGACCUAAGAGUCUAAUUUCAUGA